AUGCCGAAGAGAAAGUCUACCCAUGCCGAAAAGCCAGCCGUGGCAGCUCCUGAGCCGCGCCGGCGUUCAAUGCGUCUGCAAAGGACGGAGGAUGAGACUGAGCCCAAAGCUGUGAAGAAUGAGAAGGCCUCAAAGGCAGAUAUCAAAACUGAAGAGGACGAGCCAUCCACCAAGAAAUCAAGGACCUCAAAACAGGAAACAGAGCCUGUGGUUAAUAAGUCCUCACCACCAGCCAAAAAAGCAACCAAAAAGGCCGUCAAAAGGGAGGAGGUUGAAGAAGCUUCACCCUCUCCUGCCCCGGAUGAGUCCGAAGAAAAGAACUAUUGGCUUCUCAAAGCCGAGCCCGAGUCUCGGUAUGAGAACGGUGUUGAUGUCAAAUUUUCGAUUGACGACCUGGCGGCCAAGACAGAGCCGGAGCCGUGGGAUGGUAUCCGCAAUUACGCCGCCCGCAACAACCUUCGAGCCAUGAAGAAGGGUGACUUGGCCUUCUUUUACCACUCCAACUGCAAGGAGCCCGGGAUCGUGGGGACGAUGGAGAUUGUAAAGGAGCACUCGCCUGAUCUGUCUGCUCACGACCCCAAAGCGCCAUACUACGACCCAAAGUCCAAGCCCUCCGACCCCAAAUGGAGCGUUGUUCACGUCAAAUUCCACGAAAAGUUCAACAAGCCGAUUACGCUGAAAGAACUCAAAGAACUGGGCGCGCCCGGGGGGCCGUUGGACAAGAUGCAAAUGAUCAAGCAGUCGAGGCUGAGCGUCAGCAAGGUCUCGGCUUCCGAGUGGAAGUUUCUUAUGGCGGUUGCCGAGAGAAGGUGA